UCUCUCUCUCCCUCUCAACAUUCUACACUCUUCCCUGCGCCAUUCACCUUAAAAUUCAAUGGCACAAAGAGCUUCAAACAUGGGUCUAACCCUAGUCCUGUUUGCGCUAAUGUGGGCUUAUUGUUCAGCGCAACUUCCUUGCCAGCCCUCAAUUGUUAGCCUCCAAUCAUGCAUUGGUUUUAUCACGAGUAACUCCUCGACUCCGUCUCCUCAGUGUUGCACUCAGCUUGCAAGUUUGGUUCAGACUCAAGCUCAGUGUAUGUGCGCAUUACUUAAUGUUGCACCUCAACUCCCGAUUCCUAUAAACAGAACUCAGGCUAUCACUCUUCCAGGUGCUUGCAACAUCCAGGCUCCACCCCUUAGCCAAUGCAACGCUCCUGCUGGAAUCCCUACAACUCCAUCUGGACCGUUGAUUCCUACAGCUGGAUCGCCGCAGGAAGCACCAGCACCAACUUCUCCGGCCACACCAUCAGAUGCUACUGCUCCACCGGCUCCCUCGACUCCAUCAACGACAGCAGGAGUUCCUGCAUCUAAAGGAGGAUCGAAGGCAGGUGCGACUACUAAAGGCCCACAAUCUUCAUCGGCUACCAAGUUCACCCCUUCUUUCUUCUUCUUCUUCUUUACUUUGGUGGUUUCAGCUAUCUCUAGCUUCUAAGUCUCCAUUGCCAGUAUAUUGCGGUCAUAUGUAUUUUUUUUUUCUAUUUCAGUGUUUUUAUUUUUUUGAGUUGUAUUGCUUGUAUUUUAUUCUUAUAGUAGUGUGUAUCUAUGAGUGAAAAUAUUCAUUAUUGUGAACUAAUAGAUUUUUGGG